CUCCCCCUUGCCCUCCCUAACAACUGGAGAUCCAAAAAAAGCCCAACAUGUCCACACAAACACGCUUCCUCUAUAGUAUACUAGCAACACUUAUCUUCUUCCUUUUCACAACUCUUGGUAUCAUAUACGCAUCAACCGGCAGCUUAGCCACCCUCUCCCAAAAGUUCCACAUACAUGUUUGUCCAAGCGAGUCUCGGCCUACAGCCCCAAUCAUCCGGAAAUUUCAAUCAUUGACUCCAUUACUGGGCGCUACAUCCGAUGGUUUUCUACCUCAUGAUACACAUCUCUCAUGGGAAUCUCUUCUUCUCCCCAAAAACGGCGGUAUUCUGAAGGUCCGGACGGAUAACAACACCAUUACCGACUACGGGAUCUCCAUGUUCCAUCAGCUUCAUUGCCUAACUGUUCUUCGGGGGCUAAUAUUCCCUGAAACCUCUCAGCAUCAUGGUGCUUCGACCUCGCCGUCACAUUCUGGUGAUGAACAUGAAGAUGCAGUGCACUGGGCUCAUUGUUUUGAUUAUAUUGCCCAGUCCAUAAUAUGUGCAGCAGAUGGUACUAUUGAACCACCUCAUCCAGCGCUCAAUAAAGUUGGGAACCGAAUCCUCGUUAUCGACGGGAUUGGACAUGCCCAUCAGUGCAGGGACCCGGAGCCGUUGUGGAGGGCUGUUCGAGAGAGUGGGAGGAAUCCCGUUCAUCUUUCUGAAGUGAAAGAUACUGUCGGCCAUAGUGAGUUUCCUCUAAAGGAGGAAGCUACGUGCCAGGGUGCUUGUUCGAUGCCGGAGCCAUACUGGACUGAAUGAGACAGUGGUUAGGAAUAUGGUAGAUUAUUAUCGGACUCAGUGGAAGGCAUGCUGUAUUGGAAUAACCGGGUGGCUAGAAGUCGCACAUCUCAAGCUCUAGGCUUCCAUUUGAUACAUUGCGGAGUAGACACACUACUAUGAACGAUAUGUUCGCGAUUAGGGCGCGCUGACCUCUCGGCUCCACCCAAUUUGGGAAUCCCGAGAUAACUCUG